AUGUCAAAGCGAAAUCUUCUUCUAUGCUUCGAUGCAUUCGGUACCCUCAUAAGACCUGUCAAGCCAGUCGCGCAGCAAUACGCACAAGUCGCUCGCCAGUGCGGUCUUACCGACUUCAGCGAUGAAGAGCUGCAAUCGACUUUGAUAUCGACCAUCAAGCAAGAGUCCAAGAAAAAUCCAAACUUUGGGAAGGAGACAGGUCUUGGGGCUACAAAAUGGUGGACAAAUGUCAUUCACAAUACAUUCACACCUUUGUUGAAAGACGACCAAACUCUCCCCCAAGAUCUAGCUCCCAAACUCCUUCACCGAUUUGCUUCUAGAGAGGGGUAUGAAACUGAGACAGGCCUUGUCGAAGCCUUCAAAGGCUUGAAAGGCAGCCCAUCUCGGCAUUACGACCAACUUGUUGUCGGCGUCAUCACCAACUCGGACGAUCGCAUUCCAAGCAUUCUAUCAUCUCUCGGCAUCAAUGUGAGCCCUUUACGCUACGGUACAGACUCAGAUGCGAACAAGAUCAAAAACAACAUCUAUGACAUUGACUUUCACUGUAUGUCCUACGAUGUUGGUGUCGAAAAACCAGACAACCGCAUCUUCAGCGCCGCCGAAUCCAUGCUUGCCCAAAUCAUCAGCGCUCGCAGUGGACGGAAUUUGGACGAGUCCAAGACAGAACUAAGUGGCUGGCAGAAAGUGUAUGUUGGUGAUGAUUAUUCAAAGGACGUGGUUGGAUCGAUCAAUGCUGGGUGGAAGCCGGUUCUUCUUGAUCCGAAGGAUGAUUGCGAGAGUGUUUCCGACCUAAAGCGCUGGCGAUCUUCUCCAGGAGGUGAAUCUCAAAAAAAGGCCUGCAGGAUCGAAGAUCAUCCUACGGAGACCGUUGAAGGGCUGUUCAAGGGCCACGAAUUUGCAACCGUCCAUUCACUUGGAAGUCUGUUGUCUUGGCUCAAGAACGGGACAUCGGGUUCAACAGCAUGA